GCGGGGCCACGCCGUCCGGCUGCGCAGAGCGCGGACGGUCCUGAGAAUAUAGCUAAUCAACGAGCUUGAGAUGCUUCUCCUGUCCGCACUUCGGCGCGUCCUGCUGGUCCAACCCUGGAGGGGGGCCGGGCUUCGGUGGAAGCACGUCUCCUCCCCGAAGGUGGCCAAUGAGCCCAUCUUGGCAUUCACACAGGGCAGCCCUGAGCGAGGUGCACUGCAAAAGGCCUUGAAGGACCUGAAGGGCCGGACAGAAGCCAUCCCGUGUGUGGUGGGGGACGAGGAGGUGUGGACCGCGGACGUGCAGUACCAGGUGUCGCCCUUUAACCAUGGACACAAGGUGGCCAAGUUCUGCUAUGCAGACAAGACUCUGCUCAACAAAGCCAUUGAGGCUGCCUUGGCUGCCAGGAAGGAGUGGGACCUGAAGCCUGUCACGGACCGGGCCCAGAUCUUUCUGAAGGCAGCAGAUAUGCUGAGCGGGCCGCACAGGGCAGAGGUCCUUGCCAAGACCAUGGUGGGACAGGGUAAGACUGUGAUCCAAGCAGAGAUCGAUGCCGCGGCCGAGCUCAUUGACUUCUUCCGAUUCAAUGCCAAGUUCGCCGUGGAGCUGGAGGGGGAGCAGCCCAUCAGCGUGCCACCCAGCACCAACAGCGUGGUGUACCGGGGGCUGGAGGGCUUCGUGGCAGCCAUCUCUCCCUUUAACUUUACUGCGAUUGGUGGCAACCUGGCAGGGGCGCCAGCCUUGAUGGGCAACGUGGUCCUGUGGAAGCCCAGUGACACUGCCAUGCUGGCCAGCUAUGCUGUCUACCGCAUCCUCCGGGCGGCCGGCCUGCCCCCCAACAUCAUCCAGUUCGUGCCAGCUGACGGGCCCACAUUUGGGGACACCAUCACCAGCUCAGAGCACCUCUGUGGCAUCAACUUCACAGGCAGUGUACCCACCUUCAAACACCUGUGGAAGCAGGUGGCCCAGAACCUGGAUCGCUUCCGUACCUUCCCACGCCUGGCCGGAGAGUGUGGUGGGAAGAACUUCCACUUCGUGCACUGUUCAGCGGACGUGGACAGCGUGGUGAGCGGGACCCUGCGCUCAGCUUUCGAGUACGGUGGCCAGAAGUGCUCAGCCUGCUCCCGCCUCUACGUGCCUCACUCACUGUGGCCGCAGAUCAAAGGGCGGCUGCUGGAGGAACACAGCAGGAUCAAAGUGGGCGACCCUGCAGAGGAUUUUGGGACCUUCUUCUCUGCAGUGAUCGAUGCCAAGUCCUUUGGCCGCAUUAAGAAGUGGCUGGAACAUGCCCGCUCCUCGCCCAGCCUCACUAUCCUGGCCGGGGGCAAGUGCGACGACUCUGUGGGCUACUUCGUGGAGCCCUGCAUCGUUGAGAGCAAGGACCCUCAGGAGCCCAUCAUGAAGGAGGAGAUCUUCGGGCCUGUGCUGACAGUGUAUGUCUACCCGGACGACAAGUACAAGGAGACCCUGAGGCUGGUCGACAGCACCACUAGCUACGGCCUCACGGGGGCGGUGUUCGCCCAGGAUAAGGACAUUGUCCGGGAGGCCACAGAGAUGCUGAGGAAUGCUGCCGGCAACUUCUACAUCAACGACAAGUCCACUGGCUCGGUGGUGGGCCAGCAGCCUUUCGGGGGCGCCCGAGCCUCUGGAACCAAUGACAAGCCAGGGGGACCCCACUAUGUCCUUCGGUGGACGUCGCCCCAGGUCAUCAAGGAGACCCACAAACCUCUGGGGGAUUGGCGCUACUCGUACAUGCAGUGAGCCCCACUCGGAGCCUCCGCUGUCCACCUGUCUGUCCGUCCAGGCUACUGACCUCAGCACAGUGGGCCCACCCCAGGCCCUACACCCCACUUCCCAUGGGAUAGCCCCCUUUCUAUAGCUAAGGCCUAACCGCCUGUCUCCCAGUGGCCUGAUCCUGGUCUGUCCCACCCCUUGGAGUCAGGUGCCCCGGCUCUGGUGUGAGAUCGUGCUGAGAGGAACAAGGCCACUGCCCUCAUCCCAUUGGCCGUCCCAGAAAUUCCGGCUCGUGUGUGUGACUUGGUGCCGGCUCGUUCUCCGUCUGUUCUUCUCUCCUUUUUCUUCUACACUGUGGCCCAAUGGUUCAGGGACCUGGGAGAUGGCAAUGGGGCAGCUCCCGAUCCCUGGAGGAAAAAGAGGCAGCUCCGGGCCCCUUGGCAAACCUCAUUACUCACAGAGGCUCCUGGCCUUGGCCCUGGCUUCUCCAGGUCUCCAGGAAUAGGUGUGCCUAGGGUGGCCUACAGGGCUGGCGAGUCGUGGCUGCAGAGUGCAGGGGCACCAGCUGGCUUCGGCCUCUUUGGUCUGGGCUGCCCACCUUCCACACUAGCUCUUUGUCCAGACCCACCCGAGCCAGUGGGUACCUGUGCCCGACCUUAAGCCUUAGAUACUCAUGUGCCUUUCUCCAGGGUGCCUGCGUGCCCACAUGAUUCCCGGCCAUCUCUAUCCUGGCUGGGAUCUGCUGGUCCUUCCUGUUUGGGCUGCGAUUUUGGAAAUCCUUGGAUAGACCUUCAUGCCGUUUCAUCUUUCCCUUAGCAUUCUUGGCCUGUCUCCAGAGACAGGCACUCUCGGGGCCUGUGCUGGCCUGGGGUUUGCCUGUAGGAGCUCAGUUUGCACUGGCUGUGGUAGAACAGAUCCAGGUAGAUGCUGCUCCCACCUUCCUCCAGCCCCCAAGACCUACCCUUGGGUUCCCAUCCAGCCAGGGCUGAGGAUUGUCUGUAGAAUCUUCCCUCCUUUGCAUGUUAGUGGCUCUGUGUGGCCUGGUCCUUAGGUGGCCUGUCCUUUCUUUGACACAGCCAAUUGGUGGACACUGGCAAAUAGGUUGGAUUCUGGGUGGCCAGGGAUCUAUAAGGGCUGACUUUGGAGAAUAGUUUUUAGGCGGCCUUAAAAGUGCUGGGCCCUCCUCAAGGAUGGCUGACAUGGGGCCCCACGGGAUUGGCGUGGCCGUUCUCCAAGGGCGAUGAUCUCACACCGUGGCCCAUGGUCAAGGCUGGGUGCUGAUGCCACCUGGGCAGGGCAUGGGUUCCGCUUUGCCAGACAGACCUGUAGGAUCCCACCAGCCUACCGGUAGGAUUUGGACUUACCAAGCAUCCUGAAUCCUGAAUCCUUCCAGGUUCUGCAUUGUUUCCCACGAGGGGCCAGGUCAGGUGGCUGGGGAGGUGGGAGAUAUUCCUGGUUCUACUGAGUCUACACUGUGCGGUGGCAAUGGGCUUUGCCCUGAUGUCACCCAAUAAAAUGUCCGUUACUUAAUCAAA